GAAAAUUUGAGGGUAAAAUACCGCCCGAAUUUUCAUUUUGAAAACUUGCCCAAUUUUUGCAACUCCCAGAAGCUCUCCUUCUUCAUUUUGAUCGAAAUUUGUCUGCAGUUGAAUCACAAAAGCAACAAGAAUUUCCCAACAUUAUUUCAUUUCAAAGUUAAAAUAAAUAAUGCCGGAAGCAAGAGACAGAUUGUCAAGACCUAUUGACAUUGCUACAGUAUUCUCUCGUAGAAGGUCAGGUUUGAUUGGCGUUUACCAAGAUCAACCAGAUCUUGAAACUGCCUUGUUUGGAUCUCCAAUAACCAGUCGGCUAGACACAGCGACUCGAACCGGAACAGUUGGUUUGAGUCCUCGCGGUCGUGGUAGGGGCAGUUUUGGUACUCCAAGAAACCAGACUCUGCGUGGAAGGCAUCCGUACGUUACAAUUGGCAGGGAGAAUACACCGGUAACUGGCAGGCGUGGAAAUGGAAAUAGAAGCGUGUUACCUUCUUGGUACCCUAGAACACCUCUGCGUGAUAUCACUGCUAUUGUUAGGGCAAUUGAAAGGAGAAGAGAACUUUUGGGAGAAGGCAGGGCCCAAGAAAUUGAGAGCCCAGUACCUCACGCUUAUGAGGUUCCUGACUCUUCUGAACCAUCUGCAGUUGCUCAUCUCGAGCACAGUAACAGUAUGAUGUCUCCAAUUCCAAGUCUCCAAGUCAAGCGCUGUCCUCCUACUGUAGGAAAAGUGUCAAAAAUUCUGCUGGACAUUACAAACAAAGCGUCUGAUGAUUCAGAGUUUCUAACACCUCAGAAGAAGCUGUUGAACUCCAUUGACACAGUUGAGAAAGAGGUGAUGGAGGAAUUGAGGAAACUGAAGAGGACUGCAAGUGCUAAGAAAGCAGAACGGGAGAAAAAAGUCCGGACUCUUAUGUCACUGAGGUAAUUGGUCAUCUUCUGAUGAUUGUUCUAAUUUCUACAGCUUAAAAUAGGAGGGGCACAACCAGUGGAAUAGGAAGGCAGGACCCUUAAUGACAUACCUGUGCAGCGAGAAUGAUCAUCUACUGGUGAUAUCCUUGUGCUUUUGAGAUUAUCAUCUUCUGAUGAUAUAUUUUGAGGAGUUCAGAUUUAUCAUCUUCUGAUGAUAUACUUUGAGGAGUCAUGAACUCGAAUUAGAAGAUGGCUGUUAAUUUUUUGAUUUUGACAGGGUUGCUUUUCACUUCUUGCUGAAACCCAUGGUGUAUUGUAGGAUGAUUAGCAGUUUUCUAGUAACAACCAUAGCUGAAGGUCUGUUAGGGUAAGGAACUCUUAUCACUGUCUCCUUCAUUCUCUUGAAGGGUUGGGUAAACUUGUUCAUUCUUUUGAAGGGGUGUAGGGUAAGCACUUUUUUUUUAUCCUUCUGUCUGAUGUACAUAAAGGCUAAGACUGCUUUGAGUUUAUCUGGAUAUGUACUGUUACCUCUCAAGAAUGACUAGUGGUUUUCUAGUAACAACUUUUGCUGAA